AUGAAUAAUUAUCAAGGCGAUUUAGAUGAUAUAAUCCGAGCUGGCGGUGGUAGCAUGGGGAGCAACACCUCUACUGCAGUUCCGGCGCUUCCUGCUGACUGGCAAUUUCCGAGCAAUCCCGUUAAUUUUUCUUCAGGAAUCGAAGAGUUAUCGGAUUAUUUUGGGCAUCCGUUUUCUAAUAUGAGAGAUCCAUUUAUUCAUGAUACAGAUACAACUGUAUCAGGGUUCUUCAACAACUCAAAUUACUCUAUAGAUGUUGGAAACCUAGCGACUAGUGGUGGUGCUGGAGGAGGAGAUGGUAGUGGUGAUAGAAUUCUUGGUAAUAAAAUUCUUGAUGAUGAGAUGAAAACUAGACCUCCCAAUAUCUUCUCAAGAAUGCUUCAGAUCUCUCCGAAUGAAAAGUCGCUGGUAUUCCGUCGUAAUUCUUCGGCGGUGGCUACCGCCUCUCAUGGAGGAUUGAAGACAGCCGCAAGUGCUGAUUCAGUAUCUAAUGAUCACAUGAUUUCUUCAAAUAGCUCCAAAAGUUGCUUGGUGGAAAGCCCUGCUGUUCAGAUCUCGCCUCCGGGAAACACGGGUAUUAAACGAAGGAAGAGUCAGGCAAAGAAAGUAGUUUGUAUACCAGCUCCCGCGCCUGCGAACAGCCGGCCUGGUGGUGGUGGAGAAGUUGUUCCAUCUGAUCUUUGGGCAUGGAGAAAGUAUGGACAGAAACCUAUCAAAGGUUCUCCUUAUCCAAGGGGUUAUUACAGAUGUAGUAGCUCAAAGGGUUGUUCAGCAAGAAAGCAAGUUGAACGGAGCCGGACCGACCCGAAUAUGCUGGUAAUCACCUACACUUCUGAGCACAAUCAUCCAUGGCCGACUCAGAGAAAUGCUCUUGCAGGCUCCACAAGAUCACAGCCAUCCAAGAACAAUAGCCCAGCUUCAAAAACUUUACCAAAUUCUCAGAACCAAAGGGCUAAAAGCCCGAAAUAUGAAGAAACCGGAAACCAUGCAGAAAACGUAAUUCCAUCACCCGUGGAUGUAAAAAAGGAAGAUCUUGAUAACCAGUUUGAGAUAGAUGAUGCAGAACUAUAUGAAGGGUUUCCUUCCCAGAGUUAUAAGCCGGCAUUGCUGGGUUCAAACCAGUCUGAAGAUCUGUUUGCAGAUUUGGGAGAAAUAGAGGCCGAUCCUUUGGAUCUUUUAUUCAUGGAUGGAUUUUCAGGUGAUGAAGGGAGAGAAAACAAGGCACUGGAUCCAUUCAGUUUCUAUGACUGGCCAAGAAACAACAACGAUAGCAACUGCAACACAACAUCAUAUGAAUCACCUAAGAGGGAUUUGUGA